AUGGCUACAGGAUCGCGAUGGUUGCUGUUGAUUUACCUGGGUUUCUGUGCGGCAUGGAUGGACGAGAGACCGGUGUUGGAGUCCCGCGACGGAAGCUUGUUCAUUUCCGCGGCGAAGGACAGGAACAUCACCCUGAAAAUCCUGGGCGAUGGUUACGUCAACGUCAACGAAAUUAAUUUGCUGCACGUCGCGUCCGCGGCGCAAAACGCGACUCGUUUAAUCGAGAGAUGGCGAACGGGAUAUCUCGCGGAGGUCGAGACUGGUUUGCAACGACUGACGCAGAUCGUGGAGGGCCCGGAUGGUUUGGAAAGACGAAUGGCCGCUAUGUUUCGAGGAUUCGGGGAGGCGAACAGUACAUUCCGCUCCGUGCCCUCUCCAAUCACGUACGUAUACGAAGUAUAAUUUAAUCGCUGCACUUGGCGAGAAAAUUCACUCGCUGCUAAUUAACAUUUCGUCCAGGUGAGACGGCUGGAAGAGAAAGUGAGAACGAUCGAAACAAAACUGAGGACGAACGAAUGUAGCAGUAAACCUUGUCAAAACGGCGGUAUGUGUCAGGAUCUCUACGAAGGAUACCAGUGCAAUUGUCCGUCCAACUGGGAGGGUCCAAAUUGUAUGGUUGAUGUGAACGAAUGUGUGCGGUUGCUGGGAACGGAUCUUGGCUGCCAGAAUGGCGCCACGUGUAUCAAUCUUCCAGGAUCAUACAGAUGCAACUGCGCUUCAGGAUGGCACGGUCUUCACUGCACAACGAAGAUGUCCGUCUGCAGUACACAGAAUUCCGACGAACUAUGCGGACACGGUGUCUGCGUGAGCAAACCUGGCUCUCUCCUCGGUUACACCUGCAUAUGCGAUCAAGGUUGGCAGGCCGAUGGCACGAAUCCAGCAUGCAUCAAGGACGUGGACGAAUGCGCGGGUAACCAUCGACCGUGUUCCGUGAACCCUUGGGUGGCUUGUCGAAACGCCCCUGGUACAUUCUUCUGUGAUGCGUGUCCACGCGGUUACACCGGAAAUGGUUACUACUGUAGCGACAUCGACGAGUGCCUGGUGGACAAUGGAGGCUGCAGUACUCCUUCUAAAGAGUUCUAUACGUGACGUAUGAUUUUCCAUCAGGGUUCCAGAAUGUGUGGACCAUGUCCCACCGGUUACCGCGGUGACGGUGUCACCUGCGUCUACGUCGGUGGUUGCGCCGUCAACAACGGUGGUUGUCACCCGUUCGCCAAGUGCGUUCAGAAUUCAGCGCUCACAAGCGCCUACGUGAUAUGUCGAUGCCCGGCUGGUUACGCGGGCAAUGGAGUCGGUCCAAACGGUUGCCACCAGAUAACCACUGACGUAUCCGUUCAGACCGCCUGCUCCAGUAAUCCCUGUGUGUAUGGAAGGUGUGUUAGCACCGACGAAGAAACCUAUACUUGCAUCUGCUAUUCUAGAUACUCAGGCAGGAAUUGCGACGUGUUGAAUCCAUGCAUGCCUAAUCCAUGCAAAAACAACGGCGUCUGUGUGAACUUGAACGGAACGGCGAACUGCGAUUGUCCGUCGACGUUCACGGGCAACACAUGCGAGACACCACGUCAGACAUGUGGCGGUGUGUCCCGAAAUGCUGUCGGCCACCUCCAGUUCCCCGGCGACGGGAACGUUUACCAGCAUGGUCUGAGCUGCGCCUGGGUCUUGGUCACAAACAGUUCACUGGUUCUGAACGUCACGUUCACCAAGUUCAAUAUCGAGCAUUCGACCGAUUGCAAAUACGAUUUCCUGCAGAUUCACGACGGCAGAAAUGCUGGCAGCCAAAUGAUCGGGAGAUUUUGCGGCAACACAUUGCCCCACGAGAACGGGAACAUAGUGUCGUCCCACAAUUCUUUGUACUUCUGGUUCCACUCGGACAGCAGCAUAUCCCACGACGGAUUCGCUUUCCAUUGGAACAGCACCAGCCCUAUUUGCGGCGGUACAUUGACGGAUAAUUAUGGAACUGUUAGCUCACCAGGCUCGCCGGGAAGAUACCCGCCGAACAGAGAUUGCUACUGGCAGAUCGCGGUCGAGCCGUCGAAAAGAAUACAGUUCCAUUUCGGCCAGUUGAUGCUCGAGGAACAUCCAACGUGCGAGAAUGAUUACCUCGAGAUCGUUGGUGAAGAUCACGAACGAUUGGGUCUCUACUGUAAUCACACGCGUCCUGCGCCCUUAAUCGUGCCGGGUAACGAAGCGGUGCUCCAUUUCCAUUCGGACAGCGCUGGCCAGGACGCGGGUUUCCAGAUUCACUAUUCGAUCAUCGAAGGGAUACCAGGUUGUAGCGGAGUCUACACUGCGCCUUCAGGUACAAUCAGUACUCCGAUCGACAUGUCCACGUAUCAUCAAAAUAUGGAAUGCGACUGGAGGAUACAGUUGCCAGCUGGAGAACGCGUGCAAAUCACCUGGUCCAAGUUCGAGCUGGAAGAUUCGAACUCUUGUCAAUUCGACUUUGUCGAGAUUUACGAUGGUCCAUCGAGCGACUCCCAGAUACUAGGACGAUUCUGCGGAUCGACGAUACCUCCGCUAAUCAAAUCGAACUCGAACGUAUUGUUGAUAAUCUUCAAAUCCGACUGGUCGUUGCAGAAGGAGGGUUUCACCCUUUCCUACAACACUCUCUGCGGCGGCGAAUUCACCGAGGAGUCGGGUGUUCUACAUUCACCGAUGUACCCGAACUCGUACCACAGUUCCAGAACGUGCAUCUACGAGAUCGUCCAGCCACCCGGCAAGAGGAUCGUGCUGAACAUCCUCGACAUGGAUAUCGAGGGGCUGACCCCGCCGGACUGUUACUUCGAUUAUCUGGAGAUUUUCGACGGCGACAACGAGAACAGCACCAAACUCGCGACUCUUUGCGGUAGCGAGGAGUACACGCCCACCGAACCGUAUUAUUCGACACAUAACUACAUGUACCUGAAGUUCACCAGCGACGGAAACGUCCAGGGACGUGGAUUCAGCGCGAAUUACACGACCAUCGCUACCAAAUGCGGAGGAUUGUUGAAGACAAACACGGGAACUAUUCAGUCACCGGGAGAUGGCAGUGGUUAUGAGAACAACGAGGACUGCACGUGGACGAUACAAGCUCCACCGGGCUAUGUGGUGCAACUUAUUUGGUUAUCGUUCGACUUAGAAUACCACAGUCGAUGCAUACACGAUUACAUUACAGUUUACGAUAUGGACUUAAUGGGCACCUUCUGUGGGUCGAAGCAUCCACCGAUAAUGAUGUCGCAAGGAAACACGAUGACCGUCAUGUUUCAUUCCGAUUCGACGUUAGCUCGCGACGGAUUCGUCGCUACGUAUCUGUUCAUCGACGCCUCGAAGGUCUGCGGUGGACAUUUCAUUAAAUUGAACGGUAUGAUUAAAUCCCCGGGUUAUCCGGAACGUUAUCCGAACAGAAGGGAAUGCGUAUGGGUGGUGGAGGCGCCGAAUAGGCAACGGGUAAUUCUGAACGUGCAAAACUUCGAGCUGGAGUAUCACUCGUCUUGCGUGUUCGACCAUUUGGAGAUCAGGAAUGGUGGGUACGAGACAUCACCGUUAAUCGGCAAAUACUGCGGAACAGACAUCCCCACGCAAAUCAUAAGUCAAACCAAUCAAUUGUAUUUAAAGUUCGUAUCCGAUUCAUCGAGACAGUAUCCUGGAUUUAGCAUCGAGUGGGACAGUACUACGAGAGGAUGCGGUGGAACCAUGAGCGCCGCCAGCGGCGAUAUCGUAUCGCCGAAUUACCCGCAGUCAUACAUGCACCACGCGGACUGCUAUUGGAAGAUCGCCGUCGCGGCGGGUAGUUUGAUAAGACUGUUGAUAGUCGACCUCGAUCUCGAGCAUCACGAGAAGUGUAGAUUCGACUACAUCGAGAUAUACGAGGGUCUCGAUCUCAACAACAAGCAGCGAUAUUGCGGCAAUCCUUAUCCGAAAGUCAUUCAAGCGAAGUCGAACAUGAUGACCGUUCGAUUCCGCAGCGACUUCACGAAUUCCGGUCAUGGUUUCCAUCUGAAGUACGAAACACUGUGUCAGAACACGUUGCACGGUUUCUACGGGGUGAUAGAGUCGCCGAAUUUCCCCGACAAAUACGAGCAGCACCUGAACUGCAGCUGGAUCAUCGACGCGCCCCGCGGGAACAAGGUCAACAUGACCUUCUCGCAUUUCGAUAUCGACAGGCCAGAGGCGGAUGGCCCGUGUCGGGACUUCUUGGACGUGAAGGAGGGCCAAGACAAUAUUCCAAACACACAACUGGCGGCGCUUUGCAACUCGAACGACACUCUUCCGCAGAAGAUUCAUUCCGCGCAGCAUCAAGUGUUCGUGAAAUACAUGUCCGAUUCGCAACCGGUUCCGAUCCGAUUCCGAUUGGAGUGGUUGGUCGACGGUUGCGGUGGACACCUGACGAAACCGUCAGAUUCGUUCACGUCACCGGGAUAUCCGUCUAGCUAUCCCACGAACGUCGAUUGCGAAUGGUUGAUCGAGGUCGAUUACAUGCACAGCAUCGAGUUGACUAUUCACGAUAUCCACACGGAGAAACAGAAGGGCUGUUUCUUCGACAAACUUCAAAUCUACAGCGGCGAGAGCGACAAGGGGCUAAAGUUGGUCGAGAUUUGUUAUUCGGAGAAGCCGGUAGUGUACACCAGUUUCGGGAACAAAAUGUUCUUGCUGUUCCACUCCGAUAUAUCGUACGCAGCCCGUGGUUUCAAUAUCAGCUACAAAAGCGUCCCAAUACUUUGCGGUGGUAAAUUCACCGCCGAUGCUGGAUUUAUACAUUCCACCAAUUAUCCGCAGAAUUAUCCGCCAAAACAGAACUGCGAGUGGUUGCUGCAGGUGAACCCGAACUAUCUCGUAAACGUCACGUUCUUGGACUUUGAUCUCGAAGCCAGCGUGAACUGCACGGACGAUUAUGUUCAGAUAUACGAUGGAGCAACAAGGAACUCACCUUUAAUGGCAACUCUCUGUCGAAACACGUUACCACCUUCCUUCAUUUCAAGCGCGAAUGAAAUGUUGAUUGUAAUGAAGUCCGAUAGCAUCGUGUCGGCGAAGGGAUUCCAAGCGAUGUACACGACAGCUUGCGGUGCACGUAUGAUCGUCAAAGAUCAAGGAUACCUGACGCCAACUUGGACCCAUAAUAACAUAAUCGACGAUUUAGUCGAGAACUGUACGUGGACAUUGAUCGCUGAGGAUCCAGAGGACCAUGUUACCUUGAUAUUCACGCACAUGGAAAUCAGUUUGGAGUUGAUUCACGGGCUCAGUGUUGACUGCACGUCCUCUUAUAUCGAAGUGCACGAAGGACAGAGCGUGGAUGGGCCCUCUUUAGGGAAAUAUUGCGAUAACGUGGUACCACUGCCUAUAACGAGCACAGGAAACGCACUCACGGUGCAUUUAUACGCGCUGUACAACUUCCUAGGACAUUUUGCCAUCACGUACUCUGUCCUAAAUUCAGCGUGCGGUGGUACCUACACCUCCUAUCACGGAAAAAUCGCGUCGCCAGACUAUCCGAAUAGUUACCCGUUGAACUCGGAGUGCAUUUAUAUCCUGAACAACUCGCCCGGAAACAAACUCAGGCUCACCUUCACCGAGUUCGAUAUCCAGAGCAGCGAGAACUGUGACCUCGAUUACCUCGAGAUACGGGAGAACGACGGGAUCGGGAAGCUGAUCGGCGUUUACUGUGGAACCAGCAUCGAGCCGAUCAGAUCCUCGACGAAACUGUGGAUCAAGUUCAAAAGCGACGGCGACGGGGUGGCGAAGGGUUUCGUGGCCGAGUACACUUUCGAGGGAGGAAACGAGCUCACCGGGCCCACCGGACGAAUCACGUCUCCCCUUUAUCCGUUACCGUUCAAAAGUCAAGACACCGUCACCUGGCGUAUCUCCGUGAAAUUCCAACAGGUGAUCAGAAUCGAAAUCAAGGAUAUGUUCAUCGAGAACUCGGGCUCCGGUUGCUACUCGUAUCUCAGGAUCUACGACGGUUACAACAACGAGGCUCCGAUCUUAUUGGAAGCCUGCACCCUCGAACCUACCCAGCCGAUGACAACGACUUCCAACGUCGCUUACAUAGAACUGGCCACGGUGGUCGUGCAAUCGGGCAGCUGGUUCGAUCUGGUGUGGCUCGAAAUACCAAGAGACACCGAGGAAAUGCUCGUUGAAUCUGACACCAGUGUAACCCGAGUGAAAUACAUGAUUGCAGUGGCGAACUGCACCGAAAUCGUGAGUCUGACGACCACCAAAAGCUUCGACUUCACGUCGCCCGGCUGGCCGAACGGAUACGGGGACAAUCUUCAAUGCACCUGGGUGUUCACGUCACCACCAGGUACACACUUGGUACUGAGGGUUCUCGUUCUGGAUCUAGAAGAGACCAACGGUUGCGUCGCUGACGCGCUUUCGAUCUACAACGGUGAUGCUCUGUCGGCACCUGAGAACGCGAAGUUGCUCGAACGAUUGUGCCUCUCGAACAGCUCGUUGGUACAGGUGAACGCAGACAACGUGAUGACGGUUAAGUUCGAGUCGGAUGGCUACGUAAACAAGACGGGAUUCAGCGCCUACGCCUAUCAGGAUUGCGGCGGUAAACUGGGCGGUCCAAACGGAGAGAUCAAGGUGGAUCCCAGUGCCGUGACCAGAGGAAUGCGUGUUUGGCAGAUCACGUGCGAGUGGAAUGUCGAGGUGAAGCCUGGACGAACGAUAGAAGUGACGGUCACUUCGAUGCCGACAGGAGCAGAGUUGAGCUGUACUGAUAAUUAUGUGCUCUUGAAGAACGGCGAUGGAUCGACGUCAUCCUUAUUGGGCGAUGGGAAAUAUUGCCCUAACUCUACGCCCCCAACCCUAAUGACUACUGGAAAUCGGCUUUACGUGAAAUUGUUCGCUGCUCGAAUUAAACUCCAUUUCAAGCUAUCGUACCGAGAAGUGGGUAUGGAUUGCGGUGGCGAGUACGAGCUGAAGGGCACCGAAUUAGAUAUCUCGACGCCAAACUAUCCGAAUAUUCCACCGCCGUACACGGAGUGCACGUGGAAAAUAAUGGCACCGAACAGAGAACGGAUAUCCAUUCACUUCGUUGAUAGAUUCGACCUGAGCAACUAUCCGAAUUGCGAGAGGGAAUACGUCGAGAUAAGAGACGGUUUAACUGACAAUUCGAAGCUGCUUGGACGAUUUUGCAAAGACGUAGCGCCCAGUACAAUGUCAAGCGCCGGAAAUAUGAUGUAUAUUCACUUCUACACGGACAUUCCGGAACCGAAGAAUGGUUUCAAAGCGUCGCUCACUGUCGGAGAAGUCUGUGGAGGAAUCAUCAGAGGUACCACUGGCCUCAUCGUUUCACCAAAUUAUCCGUUCUUCUAUAAAAAGAAUCAGACCUGCGAGUGGUGGAUAAUAGCGCCUGUCGAUCACACCCUUAAAUUGGAAUUCCGUGACAUAGAUCUACCUAUGGGCUUCACCUGCGAAGCGACCGAUCACGUGGUUAUCGGCGAGAAAUUUCCGGAAAAUGAAACGAAUACCAAUAUCGGACUAUACUGCGGCGACGAAAAGCCUGGAAUCAUCGAGACAUCGACGAACCAAGCCGUAAUCCAGUUUAAAAGCGACAACUUCGAGUAUCAUAAUUACAGAGGGUUCAGUUUGAACUUCACAUCCAGUCAAGGAAUUUGCGGGGGUGAAUUGACCGCGAUGUCUGGUAUAAUCAAGUCGAACGGAUACCCGAACGUUGCGACACGUGCUAGAUACUGCGACUGGAGAAUCAAGUUGCCGCUUGGCUUCCAAGUGGUCGUUGAUAUUAUCGAUUUAGAUAUCGCUUCUGGGGCCGGCAGAAUCGGUUACAUGCUAUCGUUCUACAACGACUUCAAAUUCAAGUCCAGAAUAAAAGUGUUAAAUCAGAAUGACACAACGCAACAGAUAAGGAGUUCCAGUAACACCAUGAUGAUUGGGUACUCGUCAUCCGUUGGGUACCGUGGCUUCAAGCUCCGUUACUCUGCUGCAGCACCGGCUCCCUGCGGUGGAGUCGUGAAAGCAGUCAAAGGUGAUCUGACGGCCCCGAUAGUUCAACCUUUCAAUGCAUCAUCCUACUACUGUGUUUGGAGAAUGGAAGCGCCCGAUAGUCUAGUGAACAAUGGGAACAACAACGGAUUGACGCUGACUAUCAUGGUAACUGGUUUCGUCGGCGGAGUACGGGGCUACGUUUACACAAGAUUUUGCUACAAUUUCCAAUACAUUUCGCUAGCUGACAUUGGUAUGAUAUGCGGAAACUUCUCGGAACCGAUGUACCUGAGGAGUCCUAAGCUCUCGAACGAAGUGAUCGCCCUAAACGGUACUUUCGGGAAACCGAUGCAUUACGAUAUCCAGUAUGAAUGGCAGCCUUGCGGCGGCAUUUUGCAAGGAGAAUCGCACGUCAUACGGAAGCCGAACAACAUAUCUUACCCGAUAAAUUGCGUCUGGAGCGCCGAUUAUCCUGACACCGGGGAAUUAAUAAAAUUAAGUUUCACGAGGUUGAACAUAGGCGCCUGCGAGGAGAGUUACAUCAGUGUCAGAAACGGUGGUCCACUCUCACCAGAAAUCAGCAAAUUCUGCGGGAACAUCAAACCUUACAAUAUAACUAGCACUUCGAAUCGACUGUGGAUCGAGUAUUUCGCUAAAGCCGAACCGAACGACUUCGAAUUCAUCGUCGAGCCGGCGAACAACGGUUGCGGUGGCGCUCUACGCGGGAAGAGCAGGCAGAUCUCGUCCCCCAACUUCCCCAAGGAAUAUCCAAACAACGCAGAAUGUACGUGGGAAAUAACUGCGGACAACGGUUACCAUGUGGGACUCGCCUUCGUCGAUCGUUUCAACUUGGAGGGUGGCGAUAACUGCAAGAACGAUUACAUACAGAUUUUCGAUUGGGUGAACGGAACAAACGGCCGCAAUUGGAGGGACCAGGGAAAAGUCUGCGGCAGAAACACCCCACCACCGUUUAACUCGACCAGCAAUCGCAUGAAGGUCACCUUCCACUCGAACGAGAAGAUCCAAGGGGAUGGUUUCCGGGCCCUCUGGCACGAGAACUGCGGCGGUAUCUUCGAAGCAACCACGAAAACGAGCAUAAUCAAAUCUCCAUCGUACCCGAAUUUCUAUAAACCGAACUUAUUCUGUAACUACACCGUGGUCUCGCCUGGCAACGAGAUUGUCGUCGAGUUCAUGGAGUUCCAACUCGAACGCAGUCGCAGAGACUGUCGAUUCGACAACGUGACCAUCGUAUGGGACGACCGGUAUGGCAGAGAAGAGAACAUUUAUUGCGGCGACACCAAACCGCCCACUUUGAAGUCCAGCGACAAGGUGGAGAUUCUCUUCCGUACGGAUUCGUACAUCGAACGUAACGGCUUCGUGUUCAAGUACUUCAUUAAAUCCUGCGGCGGAACGAUGACAGCACCCGGAGAGAUCAGUCCGUUGAUGCGAAACGAGGAGUACUUCGGAAGCUUGAGCUGCACAUGGACCAUCCAUGCACCCUCGGACAAAAGUGUCGUACUUCGUUUCGAGCGUUUUAUAUUGGAACACAGUUAUAGAUGCUCAUACGACAGCGUGGAGAUUUAUAAUGGCCCGGAAAUGGACAGUGAGAAUAAACUAGUCAGGCUGUGCGGCAACCUGACCAACGAAUUGCCCGUCUUCAAGUCCACGAACAACUCUAUGGUCGUUUACUUUACGUCGGAUAUAAACCGACAGUUCGGCGGUUUUAGCGCCAAGGUGCUGUUCGUGAAGAGCAUCCAAGCGGGUUGCGGUGGUACCGUCAAUUUGACCUCGACGACAACGUUGCCGUUCAGAACGCAGAAGGACUCCACUUACGAGAGCCUGGAGGACUGUCAAUGGAACGUGAUAGCGUCACCGGGAAAGAACAUCAAGUUCACGUUCAACAGUAUAGAUGUUAGGAACGCAACGAACAAAACAAGUAGCGGUGACAAGUGCACAGGCGACUAUCUUGAGAUUCGCGAUGGUGCAAACCCCUUAUCCCAACUUCUGGGAAAAUACUGCGGUAAUCAGCUGCCGGCUCCUGUGUUAUCCUCUUCGAACUCGCUCUGGAUACGUUUCUUCAGCGACGGAACGGUGGAAGGAACCGGAGUCAGCGGAACCUUGGAAGCCAUUGACGGGCUUUGCGGCGUUGCUACCCUAAUGGUAAAUGAAACGAAGCACGUGCUCGUUUCGCCGCAUUACCCUAACUCGUACGGAGCGGGCGUAAAGUGUCGCUGGCUGUUGCGGUGGACGUUGGAGAAUGCAGAGAGAACGAGGAUACAAUUCCUGGACUUCGACCUGGCUAAUACGCCUCGAUGUGACACCGACUACAUCGAAAUUACCGAUCCAACGAAUCGAAAAUAUAUCGACGAUGGCUUCGGAGAGAAUUUCAUUUGGGGCGGCUCUGAUCGUUAUUCCGAAUAUAUGGACACCCACUCGCCUACGACCUCGUACAAGUACUGCGGAAAGACGUUGCCUCACGACUACUUCAGCUACAGCAACGAAGUCGAGGUGAGAUUCCAGGGGAACACUCCUGGCCACAGGGGUUUCAAACUCGAAUUCGUGAACGCUGUCUGCGAUCGAAAUUACACCAGACAGCAGGGUCGAAUCAUCCACGAGGGUAUCAAGGACUGUUGGGUCACGAUCACGGCGCCGGUCAAUCACACAAUUUCAUUAUACUUCAAUAGGUUCAUGCUUUACGAUCCUGAUCAAUGCACCAAGUCCUCCAUUCAGAUUUACGAAGGCAAUUUCGGUGAUAAACUUCUGGCAACGUAUUGCGGCGUCGAUUUACCCAGUCCCAUUUUUAGUACCGGUAACAAGCUGAGUUUACAUUCUUGGUCCGAAUGGCACAGCAUAUACGAGUACUAUGACAUCACUUACACGACCACGGACGAAGGACGCGGUUGUGGUGGUCGAUUGUACAAUUACGCGGGAUCGUUUACGUCACCCAUGUUCCCGAACGAGUACCGCAACAAUUCGGUUUGCGCCUGGGACGUGAGCGUGCCGCGUGGCCUGAAGGUGGUUCUGCAGUUCGUCGUGUUCGACAUCGGCAGUAGUAACGUUUGCGAGAACAAAGCCAACAGCUUGAAGAUUUACGACGUCUCGAUGAACGGGGAACUGAUUCUGGCCAAUACUUAUUGCGGAGGGGAUGACCCAGCGCCGUUCGAGGCCAACCGAGACAGAGUAGUCGUGUCGUACACAUCGACGGUGAAUAACAUUGGAACAGGUUGGUCAAUGACGUUCAAGGGACGAGCUUAAUAUUUCGUGGAUUUCCAAGCU